UGGUGAUAAUAACGAGCAAGAGCAAGAGCGGCUUCUACCAGUGGAAGACUACUCAUCCGAGUGGCUUGUCACGGUGCGAAUUGAUCUACAAGCCCGAGACUUUUCUGCAGUGCGAGUCAACAUAGAGGAGCGGAGUGACGGACAGGCGUUCACACUGCGGCGAGAAAUAGCUCAUAGUCAGAAGAUCUUCAGGGACGACCGCUACAAGACCGCGACUUGCAAGAUUUGGGAAGCGUUGCCGCGCGGCAGGCAGGAUGAUGGGCGGACUUCCCUAGAACUCAAGCAGGGGAGCUUGGUGCGGCCGAAAAAAGCGCAGAGUAAGAACAAGAAGAUCAAAGCAGAGGAGAAGGUAGUGGAGCUCUCCUACUUUGAACAAAUCAUGCAGCAGACGAAGAAAGCUACGCUGAAGCGGCAGGCGUACAGGACAGAUGGCGAAAUCGUGAAGGAAAAGAAGGAGCGGAAGGCCAAAAAGGAUAAGAGAAAGCACGCCACAGAAGAAGAACUAGAGGAGGAGAUCAAAGGAGGUUGCGAGUUGUUCUUCGAUCCUGAUCGCGACCUGCCCAAGCCGAAGAAAAGAAUGAUAUGAAGUACCAGCUGAGAGAGAACGACCUUCCUCCAUCAAUACAACAAGAUCGUCUGCGCAUGAAGAUGCACGUCACUGCAACACUUGUACCGUUACAGAUCUCUGGUUUCCACUUGGCGGAUGGUAGUAAUAGAGGAACUUGCAGCAUCUGUGGGCGAUUCGUUGACAGAAUAACAGCUUCUGCGGUCGGUACACGUGCGAAGACGUGGCUAAGAGUCAUGAACGAGACCACGACUGACCUCAUCACGACGGCAGGAGCCCAGGCUACUCGCCGUUUUCGAUUUCCGGAGGAUGGAGAAGUAACUGUUGGCCAUCUCGCGGCGCUGUUUGCUGUUCGAACGAGGUUCAUCCUUGACCGCGCCCGGAAUGUGCUCAAGAACUCUAGAUAUGUCUGUCCUGACAGCUCCAAACUACAAGAGGAGUUCGCGGAGUACAUCAGCGGCGCCGUUCUGCGUGGUAGACCGUAUUGGAAGUCGUUGCAGGGCGAAAAUGUGCGAACCUACCAGCGGUGCCCUGUCUUGUGCGACGAGGCGCUUCGGACUUUGAGCGUCGGCCGUGUGGACAGCGCUUUCGACGACUUCCCCGGCUAUGAAGGGUUCUUUGAUGAAGUGUAG